AUGGUUGUCAUACCGGUCCACGUGCAGUUCCCAGUAAUGCACACCCUUGGAGAAGGCUGCUGUGCCAAGAACAACCCGGUCAUCAUAGCUGUUGCAGGUGGCAGUCUGGUUGUCAUUCGACAGCACUAUGUCUCUGCACUGGUAGCAGACGGGGCUGCGGCAGCUCACGCAGUACAUGCUGUAGUUCUCCAGGUCGUGCUCGGCGCACGUCGGCACCUUGCGGCCGCCGCCCGCCCCCUUCCCGCCACCGCUGCCGUCGCCGCCGGGGGCGCCCGGCUGUCCGGGCGGCGGCGUCAGGCGGUGCUUGGCGAAGGGCCCGCGGGCCGGGUGGCAGCGGAGCUGGCAGGCGGAGCAGUACAGCACCUCGCACUGCUCGCACAGCACGGCGGCCGGCUCGGGCGGGCUGCGGUCGCAGAGCUGGCACUUGGCGGCGGCGGCAGCGGCGGCGCGGCCCUGCUGGUAGCGCUGCACGAUGGCCUCCAGCAGCCGGUUGCGCUGGAAGCCGCGGAGGCCCCGCUGGUCCAGGGAGGCGCUCCGGUGGCACUGCGGGCAGCACAGGCCCACAAGCAAGAGCACAGCAAUGGAGGGUGGGAUCCAUUUCACCCCAAGAGCGCGGCCCAUCCUGCCCCAGGACAGACAGCUCCAGCCAUGGGGACCAGCCACCCACUGCCCCCUCUGUGUCACCCCAGGCAGCUAGCAAGGUUACACCUGACACCCACCCUUCAGACCACUGCUGAGCCAAUACUCCUGCUGCUACAGCAGAGCAGCUUCCUCCACCCUGAGGACUUACGACCUCUGAAGAGAAGGAGACUGAGGAGACAAGGAGAGCCUGAGCCACAUGUGGUACUGCAGGAAGAAAACCAUGGGAGAGGGAGGAAGAAGGGAAAGGUGAUGGGGAUGCAAAUUUCUGCAAAGGCAGUAUUUGAUGUAGAGAUGGGCAACAGCCUGGAAAAGAAAAAGCCUGGAGUUUGUGCUAUAAACAGACAUAAAACAUAUUUUGGGAUUGGAAGUGAUUUAUAGUGAACAUCAGUUGGGUGCCCUGGAGAAUUGUGGGAUGGGACUGAACCAAGGGGAGGCAGGUACAAGUUCUGGGAGAGAAGUGUGGCUCUUUUGUGAGAAGCUUGCUUGAAACUGCCUCUCCUUCACUGAGGUGUGCACAGGGUUCCUCCAGGGGAAGGAGCAAGACAAGGACAAGAGGGGGGAAAACAUUAAGCCAAGCCUUUAUUCUUUUGUGAUACGAAAGCAAAUCCUUUAGUGAAGGAUUUUGAUUGAAGGUAAUGCCGACAGAGGCUACAAUUACAGAUCUGCCAGUUUCCUUCCAAACCGUCUGUGAGGAAAGGAACAGUUUCACCAGCCUUCUCCACUGCCAAACAAGCAGGCAGGAGUGAAACAGAGUGGCUGACUAAUUUCCAAAUGUCAGGGUUUGUCUUUUACUUUCUUUCUCCCCUCAGUUUUACAGCGGCAGGCUGCCCAUUUUUGAUGGCAGUGCCUUGAGCAAGAGGACUGUUACUGCUCUCAGAACUCUGGCUACUGAUGCUGCACGCUGCUCCUGAAGCCUCAUCACAUAAUCCCUGAGGAACGCAUCUUCAUCUGUUCUUCAGGGGCUAGUUUUUCUCAGUCUGUUUAAUAUUGUGUGAGAAGCAGCUGCAAAGUCCUGCGCAAAUGUCACUUGUACUUCCCUUGUCAGUGAAGAGCUGAGCUCUUAUUGCAGAUCCCAGCUUUGUACCACCAUGUACCUGUAUAUUCCUCUUACAGAUACAGUACAUUGUGUACAAGACUCUUCAAAGAGCACGUAUAUAGUUUAACAAUAACACAUCACCAAAUGUAUUCCCUCUCAGAGAGAGAAAGAAACAGUAUUUCCCAAAAUAAACACAUCUCCAGUCUAUUAAUUCCUUCCAUAUUCCUUCAGAUGAAGACCUGGGGAAGGAAAUGAAAUCGUAACCUUUCCCUGAAAGCCACGCCACAGUCCUUGCCUGACUAGGACAUGGCACAGCAGAGGUCUUCGCUGGGAAGAUGGCUUGUAAACCCCCAGCAGCUCUUAAUGAAAGAAUUGACUCUUUGGCAGUCAAAAAUCAAAUUUUGAGGUAUACCCAGAAGUAAAUAAGAAACUCCUGCAACUGUUGAAAAAUGGGGUGUCAGAAAUGUCCAUCAGUUACUGGACAUCAGACUGCUCAUGCUGCAAACCAUCAGAUGGUUUUGACAGCUGUGUUCUGCUGAGGCUGUAACUUCUCUGAAAACGCUCAGGGGUGAUGCAAAAUGGGGUAACCCCAUCUGUAAGUCACUUACAUGUGGGUAAACAUAGAAAAGCUGCAUGCAAAAGCACAAACAGAGAGGUGUGAAUGGAAAAAUAAGAGCACUUCACCUGGUACAUUAACAGAAAAUUGAGAAGAAAUAAGGGGAAUUACAGACAUCUCUCCCCUGCAUGCAUUUCAGCAUAGCUGUUCUUGUUUUUCUCUUUCCCCCCUUCUUUCAGCUUCUCCUUUCUGCAUUGCUGACCAUUUUAAUAACUAUUUUAAGGGUGUUAUUUUUCUCAGCACUGUUUACAACAAACUUUUGCUUUGCCACAUCUAUCUUUUUAUUUCUUCCUCUAUUGUCUCACUGGUUAGUUACACACCUCAUCCUACUGCUGGGGCGAUAUCUCCCAAAUACACACUUCAAUUUUUCUUAUUCCUCCCCAUUAUCUUUGCACCAGCCAAAGCCCCAAUGAUCUUUGAACUCGGCUCCUUCUUCCUUGCAGAGGUGUUAGCAUCACAAGAGAUUCUUCUUCCCCCUUUACUUUUUUCUUAUUUCACUGCUUCUUAUUCAGUCUCAUUAUCUCUCUUUUCCACCACCAGCAUAACCACCUCAAAGCUGCCCCUAUGUUUCUUGUCUUCCAACCUCUCCCAAGACUCUCCUCAUUGAAUUUCCCAGGAGGAUCCCUGCAAAGAUCACAAGAUCCAUAGAAAGCCCUGCCAAAGUGAUGAAAUAUGCAUUGGCCCUACCUGCACUGGUAGUGAUAGCCCUUUCAAGCCUCCUGUGUCAAUCAUGAACUCUGCUGUUCACAUGGUCUCCUGCAAAGACAAUAAACCCAGCAUGGACUCCCACAGAGAAAAUAAAAGCUGGAAGGGCUCCCCUGGUGCUUCACAUUACCCUGAGGCUUCAAAAAGGUAGGGAUAAAUAUAUUCAACCUUUGCAAGUAAAGGAAGCACAGCAAAAUGUUGUGGAAUGACUCAUUUAAAGAAGUUUCAGAAAUGUGAAGGGAAUACACAGCACUGGGUUAAGAUGCAAGGGUGAUAAAGAGCAGAGUGGUGUAAAACUUACAAAACUACACAGGAAAGAAAGGAGAUAGAAAGGAAUUAGAGUCCCAAAAUUCAAGGUUAAGUUAACCCAACUGUUGCACACAUAGGCAAACAGGACCAAGUCAUUUUUGAAAGGCUUAAAUCUGUCUCGGCACCUUGCUGCCCCAGGCUCUCUAACAGUCAAUGUGUGUCCCUAGACUCUAAAGUAUUUGACACCCUAAACCCUCUGUAGCAUUAUUAGUUCUUCGGCCCACAUUGACAUCAUCCUAAACUAGGUCUAGCGUCAUUUAAGUUGCAGAGGACACACAUAAGGGAAUAUCUUUGCACACAGGGCUGUAGUCUUUUUGAAAAUCAUAAAAGCUUAAAGUAGUUAGCUUUUUUCCCAUCCACUGGCAUCAAUAAAUUAUAUGAGGAAAGAGGGCUGGAAAGGAACUGGGUCUUUGGAUGAAGUACAAGAAGGAAAAGAAGGCAGGCAGUGCUGCAGAGCAAGGACAGGAGAAUAGUCUGCCAUCUUCUCAUAGCCCUUUGGCAGGUUCUCAGGUACAGCCAUGGCUUGCGCUGCCUGCCCAGGAGUGCUAAACAGGCUUGAGCUCUUCCUCCUUUUAGCAUGAGGGAGCAUGAACGAGCAGCACCUCCAGCCAGAUUGUGGCUGUGUCCCUCCCUCACUGCCUAGCUGACCUGGGACUUUAAAACCCAUGACACCACUACUGACAUUCAUGUAUGCAAUUCAUUUCACAUCAACAAAUUUUGAAGGCAAAGCUUUUGCUCAAAACCAAUGGAUUCUGCUUCAACUGUCUUAAAAUGUAGCUUGUUUUCUCCAAAGGGCCAUUACAAAAUUCAGCUUUAAUUUGAUUUUUUCUACUGUUUUUAUACAACCAUUUGCUUCUACACCAGAGAACAGAUGAUGCCAGCUAAACACAAAUUUUUGCCAGUGUGACUCUAAUCACUUCAGUGGAAUUGAAUUAAGUGAUGUGUUUAGCCUCACUUGGUAGUGUUCCCUGCCUUCUGCUUUUGAUAAAUUAACCAGAGGUGAUCAUGGGUUUUUAAUAAACUGACCAGGCCUAAUUUCUUCUUACAGCUGUGGGCUUUCUACCUGGUGAGCAUAAAAAAAGGCUUACUAAUAUUACUAUUUUCAGUCAUCUUUUAACCUACUUUCUUCUUCUUUAUAUUUCAUUUCAGUGUUUAAUUUUUAAAUUUAUCCCUUUUUUUUUUUUUUUUUACCAAAAUACAAGUAGAAAUGAAGCAAUGUGUGAAGUUUGAGAAAAAUUAACCAUAUAAGUGGUGCUUAAAAGUAUGUUGUUGUACAGCUCUAUAAACUGGGAAGAGAGGAAGAGCCGGGGGGAAUAAUCCUUUGUUCAGGCCAGGCUGCCUCUGUCAUCCGAGAGGACAAAAUUAAGACAGUAGGGCACUGCCAGGCUGCCAUCUGAAAAGUGCCCAAGGGGAGCUGCGCUCUGCUAGCUCAAGCUAUUUUCCUUCCCAUCUGCUCAAGCUGAUUCAGGGAAGUGCAUUAUGCAACCAAACUGUUCCACUGUGGUCCUGCUACGCUAAGGCUCAAAUGGAUGGGGCAGAGCCCUUAACACUUCUGGGAGAAGUUCUGAGGAAACAGAGUGAUUAUAUCAAACCACGCUUUCCAGUCUGCGACAGUAAAGCUACUGCUACAUGGCUACCAAAAAAAAAAAAAAAGACCCAAGGAAAGAUGAAAAAUGAAGAUUAAAACCGAGAAAGGCUGAAGUACUCUCACUUGUAUUAGCAAGGAGUAAUAGUGUGAAAACCAAUCAGGGCAAGAGGACAAGACUAAAGACACACUACCUGCACAGCUUGGUAACAGGUGUUUGGCAGUGUAACAGUGAUGUUAUCUGACAUCAACAAGCUGGGGCACAGUCACCUGCAGUCCUUCAGCUUGUCUGAUAUCACUGACUAUGGGAAGUGGCAUUUGUAAAUCGCACAUGUUAAGUGCUUGCCCUCAGCUAAAAAGAAAUAAACAUUUUAGUGGCUAUUUGCGAAGUGUGAUAGAAAUCCAUACCGAUAUUUAAUUUAGCAAAAUCCUUCUUCAAAUUUCCUACAUUUUCUGUGGUAAAACUAUCUGAUGGUGUCCUUUAUACAGCCUAUAGUAUUACAAAUGACAUGGUCUUUCUUGAUCCUUAUGCAUAUGACUUUUAUGCACCUCCCAGCUCUAUUUGGUAGACCAGUGUUCCACAGAGGACCCAGCUGCCCUAGGAAAAAGACUGACAGCAAGUUUGUUCAUCAGCUCUUUUCUGAAACUCUCAACAUUCAGAAACCACAGACAUCCAGUCACUUCUUCAGAGCAGGGAGAAGAGGUUGGUCACAAUGAUCUGUGUGACCAACUGUUUCCAGCUCUGUCUACCCUUGUUUCUUCCACAGGUGAACAAGAACCCCCAACAUCAUUGCUGCACUGAUUCAGCAAGGCUACAUGAACCUGUCUCAGGCUGUUAUGUCACGGGUUUGCACUAGUCUCAAAAAGCCCAUUUUCCCCAAGAACAGUCCAAGCUGUAUUUCAGGAAGGUGUGGAUGUACAGGAUGAAAAGCUGAAGAGGCCAUACCUCCCUUGACAACACAGCUGCAUCUGGUGCUGGCUUCAGAGAUGCCCCCUGUGCACUGAUUUGGUUCUAUGUUGUGCUGUAUUUAUGUAUUAUAAACCACUGUAAGAGUCAUCGCUGCUGCUGGGAUGUAUUUGACAACCAGGCUGCUGCCUCCACUGAAAAUGGACGUAAGCUCGCCUUUGAAGUUGCGUAUCACUCCCUCAAUGAGCAGGAUGUGCACAGGACUUCUAUACAGAGCUUAUUUCAGUUCUCAGAUCUAACCCAGUUGCCUCUACAGCGGACAUCAGUGGACAGACUGUCACUGACUUCCAUGGGAUUUGGAUCAGGCUUCAUAGGGCUUUUCUUAGGAAUGCCAGAGGUCUCCAGAAGCAUAUUGGGAAGCAUCUUCCUAUGAAGAUCUUGGAAACUAUCUUAAAUUGCAUGCUUCUUGCAGCUUUAAAUAGCUAGGGCUUUGCUGAUAUUUCCUUACAUGAAAGAGAACUGAAAGUAAUCCAUUUUCAGAAUCAAGUCUAGAGCAGAGACAGCAAAGUAUUUAAGUUCUGAAAUGAUUAAAUAAGCAGAGUAUUUCUAAAUUAUUACUUCUUUAUCUAUGACAGCUUACCAAAGUGAUAUAACAUUAUCAUCUUACCUUUCUGUCUGCCUCAAAGCAAUAUCAGAGCAAAGUAUGACUCAACAAGAAUAUACUUGGUAAAUAUAAAUGGCUUCAUCAAAAGACCAAGCGCCACAGGACAGAAGUAACCCAUUUUCAGCACACUGACAGAAUUAUGUCGAUUCUAUUAUAAAAAUUUUCAUAAUAAUUUAAACAGAACUGGUUCUUUUUAUUAUUUGCUUACAGUUGAAAAUAGACAAGAAUUGUGAGAUAUCUUAAAGUUAUUUCAGGUCACCGAUAUUCCCAAAAGUUCUGAAAAUUCAUAAUUAAUUAAAACACAAUUGCAUGCCAAAAUGUGACUAUAUAAAAAUGGUAAGUUGAAGUGAAAGUAUGUAUACCUUGCACCUCAAGUCUUAUUUCUCACACUGUAGGGGUUUGUAGCCUUGUAUAAAUUACAUUUGGUUUACCCUGUCACAGUUUCUAAAAAUGAAGCUGAGAGUAAGGAGAGUGAGAAGGAACAAGUUCCUUUUGUCUGUCAGACCUGUAAACUCAAGAGCUGCAAACAAUCUCCACCACUUUUGUCUCAUUAGCACUCUUUAGGGAUGCAAGUGGAAAUCAAGUUAUUGAUGGGCCUUAAAACUGACUUUCAAGACAUAUUAUUUUACUAUACCUCUUUUAUACAUCAGUACAAAGCUGCUAGUUACUGAUGCUUCAAGCAUACAGUAAAAAAAGAAAGAGGAGUCUAUGAAACAAUAAGCUCAUACAAUGUCAUGUUAUCAAAAGUUGUUACGAGAAGUGUUGGAACUGUUAGCAAUCGUAUUUCUGAUGGCUUCUAUUCAGGCAGUCUCUGUAGGCUUCCAUCUUCCUUGGCCAAUUCAGCAGAGACAAAGAGUACUUUAGUUUCAUUUUCCUGGGCAGCAUGACUCUUAUUUUUCCAGACUUGCCAAAAAUACUUCAGAAAUCCCUGUUCUUUCCUUCUAACUCAUUUGUAUACCUGUUUGUUCCUGUCAGCGACUGAUUACGGCUGCAGCAAUCAGCUCGAUCUGAUCUCAUUUCCACCACAGAUGUUUCGUUUUCGCAGCUUCCCCUCUUUGUGGACAUUCGUUGUCUCAUUUCCCUCUGCAGGGGUUUUAGUCUUUUGUUUUUGUUUGUUUGUUUGUUUCCUUUUUCAACUUUAACAGAUGCUGCAGACUGCUUUUUGGUUUAAGCUCUGUCUGUGCCGUGCUCCAGAUGGCACCAAGUUGUAAAAUGGCAAAGAAAUGACUGGACUAUCAUAUGGUUUCAACCUGCCAUGUGAGUUGCCUCCAAUGAUACAACAGGUUCAGGAAUCAUUGUGCUUCAGCACAACUCCCACAGGCCAGUGACAUCUAUUGGCAUCACAUUUCUUCCCCAAGGGCUCUGCCAAGGAAGAACAGCUCUGAAAAGCUGGAGGGACUCAAGGGAGGGAAGACAAACAGAGCCCCAGUGCUCUGGAUGUGUUUCUCUUGGUUUGGGUGCCUGUCUGGGACAGUGAUGUUUGGCUGCAAUAAACCAUGAAGGGGGAUGGUGUUGUGAAGCAAACAAGGGCUCAGCACAUGAUGAACAGGAGCAUCCUCUCUCUUGGCAAGUGCUUGGUAGGAGUCAGGGAAGCAACCAUGCAGUUUGUGGGGCCUGAGAAAGGCCUUUCUAACAGAAAAAGAGGGAUUGCUUUUGCACUACUUGAAAUAUCAACUGCUUUGAUAGUAUUUCUCUGACAGGUUCAUUUCAGGUAAAAAUCUGAUAUGAUAAGAAGUACGUGCACCGAGAAGAUAUUUUCAAGUGUUAUGUUUGCUGCAUGGACUACAUUUUGCUUUUAAGUACUGACAGUAUUUUAAAGCUAUUCCUUUGCCCAUACCAUUAUAAAAGUUGAUUGCCCAUACUAAAUAAGGCUCAAUCUUGUUGCUGUUUGAGUGCCACAUACUAAAAUGCUGAAAGAAGCAAUGAUCAUAGGUCAGCUAAUAGAACAUCUGCCUCUGAGUCAGUAAUUACAGCAUGCCCCUGCAUUCAAUUUAGGGGUCACAGGGCUGCUGAAUGUGCCACUCUCGUGUGAAAUAUAAAACAAAAGUUCUAAUCACUUGUUGGCCAUUAAAUAACUGAUGACAGCUUUCAUCAGAAGCUCACAAUAGCUUUGCUCCUCUAACUGUGCCAGGUAAUUACAUUCUCUCUACCUAAAUGAACUUUCAAUUACAGAGAGUACUUUUCUCCUCUAAACUGUUUAGAAAUAAUGCUAUGCACUGUUAAAUUAUUGCCCUUGUCCCACCUCAAAAGUGGCUCAAUUUCAGCACGAGACAAAGACAUCCAGGUUCAUACAAGGCUGCUCCACACAAGCUUUGGACCAGCCUCUACUCAGCUCCUGAAUGUUGGGCUCUCAGCCACCCCAUGCAGCCCCCACUGCUGGAAAAGGCCCUGCUGAAAUGUGCUCAUCACUUUCCUCUGCUGAGACCUUGCACAGCAGCUCUUUGCACCACCAGGUAGUACUCCAGCACAGGCAAAGGGCAGUACGGGAUAAUGGCAUCUGGCCCAGCUGAACUGAAGGGUAUGAAUUGUUUUUUCUAUUAUCUCAGUUUUGCAUUUGAUUAUUCAUCAAUGCAGUUCAGGCACAAGUCUGUUUACUUGCAUUGUGGGAGAGGAAGGUUGAUUCUCAAGAACAUGGGUACAUCUGAAUAUAAAAUUAUGCCCUUCAUCCCUGGCAUCAUAGCCAUUCACAGCUGACAAGAAGUGUUUAUCUCCCAGGCAGUGUAAUCUACAUCUAUUUGAUGGAAAUAUGCUCUCUAACAGUUUUCCAUAUUCAGCCCCGAAAAAAAAAAAUCUCAUAUGCACAUUUACAAAGGGAGAACACAGAAGCAGCGAGAAAUAUGAUCUCUUUAUUAACAUUAGUUGAUCAUAAUAGUACAGUGUGUUUCAAGAAGAUGGACCCAAUUUGAAGUCACUAUGCUUUGAAAUUGGGUCCAUCUUUUUGAAACACCCUGUAUAUAGAAUCUUCCAUGUUUGCUUACAACAGACCAUUUUGCAGAGAAAUAAAUAAAUAAAUGUUUUUUUUUAAAUGCCUCAAAGCAGAUAUCAGACUACUAGUGCAAUAUUUUGUACUCCGCAAGCACAAAUCCUUCUUUCUUCUUCUGCACACCCGCAGCCAUCCCUGCUCAGCAGCGCUUUCUUUCUGCCGUGCACUUUUGCCUGAGGAUUUAGGACUCCCGUCAUUCUUACCUCAAAUGACCUCGGCCCAGCUUAGCCAGCACCCUCCAGAUUUGACCCCGAUGCAGAUCUCACUGAAGGAAAAGGUCUGCUCAGUGUCACUGGGAUAAUAAGACAAAUACCCCUAAAGCCUGUAGCUCUGAUCCCCGGCUAUCUGCUUUCAGUAAUCAGAUUCUGGAAAGCUGUUACUGCAAGUCCAGUCGGUGCUGUUAUGAGUCGCAGUGCGGUGCUGUGAGGCUGACAAACCCAACUAACGGCAGAGCACUGGUAAUAAAUGCCCCCUCAAGCUGUCUCUUUGAAGAGGCAAAUGCUUAUCAGAACUAUACAGAACUCAUAGGAAAAGGGGGGAAAAAUAUCUAAAGGCACUUUGAAGUCCUUUUCUUUUGUAUUUUUCACACAAUAGAAGGCGACGAAGGGAAGAUGUUCAGAGCCGUUAAGAACUGUGGGCAUGAGGUGAGCUUGUUACAUAAUUAUCUCACAAAACUCUGCUGGGUCUUUCAUGGCUACGAAUUUUCACAUAAUACUGAAAUUAUGAAUUCCUAGAGCCUACCAUUUUUUCUCAUUUCAUUUGGGGGAAUUUGCUUUUACCAACUGAAUUGAAAUACUAAAAUGUCUUGCUUUGUUAAUUACCACAGAAAUCCUGAAGACAAGGACACAUUGCAGGAAUAUGAAUUUGAUGUGACCUAAACAACAACUCUCUUUUUCUGCUAGGGUUCACAUAACGGGGAAGAAUCUGAGACCGGAGAGGUAGGAAAAAGGCUAUGGCUACAUCUAAUUUAACAAAGUGAGAGGACAGAGUGAGGAGAUUUUAAAAGCAAUGUUGCAGAGCACUGAGUGAUGUAGUGUGGAGAAGAUUUAUAAUUUGAUCUAAGGUUAAACAGAGAUGUAAACAAGCCAGAUUUUGGCAUCAUCAGGAAAAUAAAUGGUUGGUUACCUUUCAGUCCCUUCAGCUUUACUAUCAGUUCAAGUCCUUAUUUCUCCUGAGCAUGAACCUUCCUAUAAUCCUGAAUGAGAAUUUCUGAUAGGAAAGCACAGAGGUUGGUUCUUUUUUUCCCCCCCCCUUCACAACACAAACCAGCAGCACUUGGUAACUGAUUGCAAUGUAAAAAACAAACAAACAAACAGCGAGAGAGAGAAUUAAGACCCCUUGUCACUGCAGGAAUGUAACCGCCUAUUUGCCACAUACACAUGCUCUUUGGAUUUCCAUACUGUUUCCUCUCUGCUUUAUGCUGGACAUAAAUUAGUUAAAAAAUCCAUACCAUUCUCAUUGUGAAGAAGAGAGAUGAAACAGAGCUCUGCUUAGGGCAGCUGCCACUUGCAAACAAAAAGGAGGGGAAAAAAAAUAACCCUAAAUGCACAUUAUUGUUGGCUGGCAGAUGCCUUCAGUGGUGAAACUCAACUCACACACACUUACAGACCCCUAUAGACUGUAACCUCUCAUUCCUGCUUCUUUCUGAAUCGACUGCCCUGACCACCUUUCUCUCAAACCCACCUCCCAUGCCCUAGACGCAUUCUUUGUCUCCUGUUGUCAACAUUUUGCUAUUUUUGCUUCUCCAUGAAGAAAGAAUUAGCAGUCUGACUUCACUGCAAAAGGCUAAAGGGCAGCAUUAGAUACUGCAGAGAAGCUGGGAAAGGCAGCAGCGAGAGCACGUGUGGCAGCUGAAGCAUGAGGGACAAAAGCAAAAGGCAGGGGUGGGACCUAAGGCAUCAGAGACCAUGGCCAAGGGACACUGCUUUGGAACAGGGUCCAUACAAGGACGCAACUGGUGGAAAAACAGCAACGAGGGCAAGAGGAACAGGCUGGGAGAGCAAGUAGCACACAAAAGGGUUUAUAACCACAAGAAUACAUUUCAUCAAGAACUCUAAACUGAAGCCUGGAUCUCCAAACCUCUGUGCUUCUGUUUCUAGCAGUUAGUUCUGAACCCCACAGACAAACGCUGAGGUGUCCUUCUUGGGCGUCCAUGUGGUAGCAGACCUAUAAAAAAAGGUAACAGCCUGUUUCUUCCAUUUGUUCAGGUAAGUUAAACAGGAGCAUCCCUGCUCUAGUGUUCAAAUAGGGUUUUCACCUUUCAGGCAUAGCUAUGGAAACUUACCUGGAAAAGGAUGUGGCAAAGUUAGGAGUUGACCAUUUUUAUUUAAAACCACUUCUCUGAUGAAAAAUACCUAAUAAUUUAAUGAUCUCUAGCUGAAAAUCUGUUUUCUGUCUUGAUACACCACUGUUUGGUGUCGUGUAUCAGGUGCCAAUUAUACCCAGCAUCUUCUAAAUUCACCUUAACCAAACAAUGGAAUUUCUUGUCAUUCCCAGAGCACCACAGAACAGCGUGAUCUCUGUUCCUCCACAUCAGUGAUAAAAACCAUAAGCCUCAUGAGAAACAGAGGCACUCUGGCUACAGGAGAAAAUGGAAAAGCAAAGCACAUGUCACUAAGUAAUAAUUUGUCUCGCCUGUGCCCAGUUUGUGAUAUCUGGAUCCUGAGCUGUCCUUGACCUGCAAUCCUGACUUAAAGUUAAGCCAAUGAGAGGCAUCCUGCAGACACAAAAAGGACUUAAAAAUGCCAAUGGCACUGACAGGUGAGUUCUGGUGCAUCCUGUUUGGCAAGUUUUAAGAUACCCCUGCUGCACAGCAGACAAAAUGUGACAUUAGCCACAUCACUGCAAAAUCUGGAGUCUUACUUUAAAUCUCUAAUGAAGCUGGUUUUAAGCAAAGGUGCUGCUCUGCGCAGGGUAGCUUGGGGCAGAGGCACACAUCCUUCUGUCAGUUCUGUCAGGCGGAAAAUCACCCCUAGGAAUCACAAACCAGGCACUCCAAAUUAGUACACGUUUUUUACCAUGACCUACCUUUAGCUCCCAGUGGCCCGGUUCCAGUGUGGAUAACAAUACCACUUUCUAUCACAGGGUUGUCAUAAAGAAUUCAUUAACAUUUGUAGAUAAGGGGAAAGCAUCACAGAAGUGGCUGUAGGAAACAGUCUUGAUAUAUCAGUUCAAGAUACACUAUAAUGCAUAUAGAUCACCACAUUUGGAAAUGUUAGUGGAAUGUUAGUAAAUGAUGUACAAAUGAUACACAGGCAUUGCGUACCCUCCUAAUGAAGGAGGAAAGGUAAGGACAUCCCAUAUGAAUAUAUAAAUUAAAAACAUACCAUAAUGCAUUUGUGUAAGGAAACGGGAUGGGACACCUCUCUUCUGGCACUUCCUAGUUCUUUAUGACAUAAACUACAUGUAUUUUUAAUACGGGUUUUUUUAGGUAACAUCCUUAACAAAAGACAGUUUAGACAAGUAACACACUUCUGUAGUUCAGUUCUAAGAACCAACAAAGGCUGAGAGGUUUCUAUGCUAACAAAGGCUUUCUCCAUAACCAAAGACAUAACUGCAAAAGACACCAGCUUCCAUUACCACCACGUUAUAACUAAAUCAGACCAAAUAAAGCAGUAGACUUAGAUUUUAAAGGAUAGUUAUGAAUUUGAUAUGAAUGAAGCCUAGAUAAGGUUGCCGAGACAAGCGUCACUGAGACUUCAAAAAGCAAUCUUUUUUAUUUUUCAGAUCACAAAGUGGCACUGUAAGCCAACAUAAAGGUUUUGCAAUAGUAAAGAUAUGACAAGAAGGUGCCUAAAGGACCCAAGUGUAAAGAAAAUACACUUAGAAUCUAAUAAGAUCAAGCAAGCUGAAAAAAAUAAUUAAGAUAAGCUGGUCUAGAUAAAAUAAGAAUAUUCACAAGCUUUUCCAAAUAGCUGUCAUCUGGGAAGAAAAAAAAAAAAGAAAGGAAAAAAAGAGAGGGGGGUGGGCUGGAAGAUGAACAAAUAAAUGUAUUUGCUAAUAAACAGGAAGAUAGUACAAUGCUUACACCCUCAGCAAACUGAAUAAAUACUUUUGCUGUCAGGCACCCUUGGCCUGGAAGGACAAGGGGGUUGUUGAUUCUUUUAAUCUACGGUAGCGAUAGUUUAAAAUGUCUUUAGUUUCAUAAAGGCUAUCAACACUAUUUUAUUGUUCACAACCGACCUGGGUCAAAGUGGCAUCAUAAUAGAGGAAACAAAUAUCUUCUUGAUUCCAGUGUACAAGGCAUUAAAAAGCACAUCAGGUCAUCUGAAAAAUCAAUCCCUAAAGUAGCAUGUAAACAUGAAUAAAGAUUGGAAAAGCUUCCUCCACUGUAAGCGGUUUUAAAACAAUUGUCACAGUCUGAUGACAUUUAAACCAUGGAAAAGACAUGGGAGUCUGGGAACAAAACUGAAAAUAAGGUAGAGGCUUAACUCAAAAUCACCAUAUCAGGUUCCUUCUUGAAGAGAAAAAUCUCACAGACAAAACAGGUUGUGGCAAUAGGACUGCACCUUUACACAGUCUGGCUUUGCAAUGGCAGCGCCUUCCCAGAACUCUGAUUUUAUACCCUGCUUUGGUUUGAAUUUCGAAUAAUCCCAAAUCGCUGUAAUUUAUUCAAGAGACUGCAGAAAUACAAACAUGACAAGGAAAAUGAGGAAAAAAAUACAGGGCCAGAAACCAAGUGCACACUGCAGUUGGCCCAGAGGCGGUAUUCCUGUGAUACCACAACUGUGGCUGCACUAGCAGUUUUAGGGAUUCCCAUACUGUAUCCCCCUGCCCCAAACCAGCCUGUCCUGCA